AUGCCAUCACUGAAUCUUUGUCCCUCGUGUUCCGGCAUCUUUGAGGGACAUUACGUGCCCUCAAAUGUGCUACAAGACCGCAACCUACUUGCUCUCGAGGAUGCCGUCUUUGUUCCCUCCGGAUUCACAACAGGUACAACGGAAUGGAGAGUACGGCUAGAUUCUGGCUCAGGGCCAGGUGAUCCUCCGAAGCCAUAUGUUCAUCAUACAAUACAAGCUCUGGAGGAGUCUGCAAAUGCUUGCGUGCUCUGCGCCAUGAUCUGGCUGCGGCUGCAGCAAGACAUUCACCCCAUAACGUUGGGUGAGCUACAGCAGGGUGACGUUGUCGGUAUCCCGGCUAUAGAGGCUGGGGAAACGUCUUAUUGCGGCAGCUUCGUUUUUGGAAUGUGUUUUUCGAAAGUUGAAGGCGAAAAGUUUGUUGGGCGCCUGUUCCAUUCGUUUCGCGCCUUCAAGGCAAUCAGUAAGUUUCGAGGCUCUUCCUAUUUGCGACUAAUAAUGACGAGUAAAGAAAUAAACGGAGACAACAGAGAUACCUGGAAACCCAAAUUUGACCGACAAGCAACACUGGCACGUAUCAGGACCUGGCUCGAGUCCUCAACCGAAAGCCUGAACUUGGCACCUCGGCUACCUACGAGAUUGCUUCAUUGUCAAGCAUCUGCAACUUCAAAAGAUCCGAUAGUCAAGCUUGUUGAUACUCACGAUCUCGGCUCAUCGACGAAAUAUGCUGCCCUCAGUCAUCGUUGGGGCGAGAUACAGCCGCUUAUGCUGAAGCACGAGUUGGCUGAUGCCUUUUACUACGAUAUUCCCUUUACGACCAUCCCGACUACUUUCCAAGACGCGAUCAAGUUAGCCAACACCCUGGAUAUUCAAUACAUCUGGAUCGACUCCCUCUGCAUCAUUCAAGAUUCAAAGGAAGACUGGGAUGUUGAAGCCGCACACAUGGCAUCCGUCUAUUCUCAGGCGUAUGUCACUAUCUCUGCUACAGCUGCCAAAGAUUCAUCUGCCGGUUUGAAGCAAGACUCGAUGCUAAAACACCCUUGCGAAGUCACACCGACGUGGACUGGCUUCGAGGACUCUGAAAUGCCAACAACAACAAUGAGGCUCAUCGACAGAUCUGCUUUCUGCGACCAGGUCUUAUCUCAACCCCUUUUCCGCCGAGGAUGGGUCUUUCAGGAAUGGAUUCUCUCGCCAAAGACUCUCCACGUCGCUAGUGACCAGCUCUGGUGGACGUCUGCUUCUGACAUGACUUCCGGGGGAUUCGCCUCGCAUGAGACGUGCGAAGGGUUUGCUUUCGACGUUAAACAACAAUUUACCCGCACUAUGCCCCUUGGGACUCUCUAUUUGAUGGGAGGCAAGAGCGCCGAGAGCCUGCGGCCGGUCUGGCAUCAACUUCUUCAGGACUACCUAUCGCGAUUUUUCACUUUUGAGUCGGACCGUCUGAUUGCGUUUGCUGGCAUUGCGUCUCUGUAUCAGACUCUGGCACGAGUACCCUCAGGCUCGUACCUUGCGGGCAUCUGGCGUCAAUCACUGCUUAGAGAUCUUCUCUGGACUGUGAGAGAUGGGAGAAAGGUAUCCCCACCGCAGAAAUACCGAGUUCCAUCGUGGUCGUGGGCUUCAGAGGAACCAACCCAUACAUUAUCUGGAACAUUCGGCAUUGGCAACAUCAACUUGAACGCGGAUCUCGAAGAGGACGAAGAGCCUUGGGUUCCUGCUGCCGAAGUCGUAGAAGCGUCGGUCCAGACAACCGGACCAGAGCUUGGUUCCGUUUCUGGAGGCCACCUCGUCCUCCAAGGCCCACUGAUCAAAGCUCGACUCGUGCUCAAGGUUGAAGACCUCACUGGUCAAUUUACACCUGAGCAGGCUGCAGAAUUUCUCCCAGGGGGGAAUUUCCGAUAUGUUCGAAACGUGGCUGACCUGGAUGACGUUUUCCCGUUCGUUCCAUCCAAUGGGGAGAUGCAUAUUUACCUUGGUGUUCUUCACUGCAGAGUGGACCUGGAGGGUUCUGCUGAGAGCUAUGCUUUGGCGCUUGUGAGAGGAUGCGAGAAGGGGGAGUAUCGGAGGAUUGGGUACGUCAAUGUUCAGAAGACCAUUAUGGGCUCUUGGAUAGAUAAUCGGGACUGGGGAGUGUUUGCUCCUCUCACGGAUAAAGGCGAAUAUCUCAGCAAGGGUGUCCAACCUGGGAUGUAUAAUUAUCGUAUUGUCUAA